AUGGUAUCCACUAUAGUAGGCGAUUACUCCGGUCGCGUGUAUGUUCGAGGCAAUGUACUUCAGCACAAUCACGUGGACGAUACGCUUAGCAUCUUCAAGGCGAAGUCCGGCACCGAAUCUUUCGUCGUAAAACGCGUGUCUCGACCAUUCUAUGAUUUGUCCAUACGUCUUGCAGCCGAAUUUGCGGGCACUCGCCGGCUUCGAAUGCACGUCGAUUGCAACCAAGAUGAAGGGGUUCUGGUAUACCCAUACUUCGAUUCUACUCUACUUGCUUUGAUAAAGGACGAUCCCGAAUUGGUACACACACAACGAAAGAAGAUUUUACGCUACACUGCGGAAGCUAUACAAGAGCUUCACAGCAAAAAUUGGAUCCACAUCGAUAUCAAACCGGACAACAUUUUGGUCAAUUUGGAUGGCGGAGACAUCAAAGAGAUCGCCAAUGCUGUUUUAGGCGACUUUGACAUUGCUUAUCGUUUGGAGGAUGGAAAGGCGCUUCGAACUCGCCAUGCGAUUGGCAACGCUAUGUGGCGAAGUCCCGAGGGCCAAACGGCAGUAGGCGUGACCAAGGCUUCAGACAUCUAUUCAUUUGGACUCGUAUGUAUAUACGCCAUGGGAGGGGGAGAACUACUGCUCCUAGAAAAUUACCAGGACCUGGUUCGCUUUGGUAUCACGCCAGAGCAAGAGGUAUUGAGUCGACAUUUCACCUACUUCGGACCUGUCCCAGACGCACUCUAUAGGCAUGUCGGGGACGAAGUUGGCUGUGCGCUCCUAAGAGACAUGUCUAAGAUUGCGGACGCAACAGUCGAGAGUCAGCCUGAACGCAGGUUUCUCUACUGGAGCAAGGAGCUUGGUCCAGUGGCCCAAGAUGCGAUUUCUCAGAUGACUACACUGGAUCCUACGACUAGACCGACAAUCGAACAGGUGUUGGCGCACCCAUGGUGGCAGGAGGAUUGAUAUCAUCACUGUAGCUUAACCUUACAGCCUUAGCGACUGAUGCUGGCAUCCAUACCGAAUGUAGUGAGCCUCAGAUGCAGACAGAAAGAAAGAGCGGAGUGAUGGCAGGAGUUCAACGCCUUCCCACCAACCUCCUUCCUCAUGUGUUCAUGAAAGUCGGAUACGU